AUGGAGUUCAAACAAAGCUCUCGCGCUAUCCGUAAAUCACUUUUGAGUGGUGCUCGGGUUACAGGAAACAAGACGAAUGCCGCUUCACGACAAGUUAACCUGCAAAUGUACGACGAGCCGCCGAUCGAUGAUAUUUCAAUCAAAGAAUUUGGUGAAAUGGCCUUGAAUCGUUUGAAAAUUCUUCGAUUGCUCGAACAAUUUCAGGAACGUUUUGCGGGCAAUUUGGAUAAAGUUUGUGAAGCACUCUCGAAG